AUGACUCAAAAUCCUAAAGACAAGUCGGCCAUCCCUGUGGUCGAUGAGAAGGGUGAGACUCAAUUGAAGUCCCCACAACGUGAUACCACAAGAAAGGGGUAUCGAGUUUCAAAAUGGCCGAGUCUAAAUCCGUUGCGGCUGCAGAAGGUUCCUCCCGUGCCGGAGGCAAGGAUGGAGAGUCGAGAGUAUGGCGCCAAUAUCCUCAGUCGCCUGUUAUUUCGAUGGAUGGCACCAUUCAUGAAGGCCGGCUACCUCCGAGAUUUGGAAAUUCAAGAUAUCUGGAAGGUCAAUCCGAAUAGGUCCGUUGACAUUUUGUCAAGCCAGCUUGGGGCCAACUUGGAACGGCGGCUAAAACAUGGAGACAAGAGACCUUUGUUGUGGGCCAUAUAUGAGACCUUUAAGAGGGAUUUCUGGCUUGGCGCCAUAGGCCAGACCCUUGGUACCGUUAUCAUUGUGCUAUCCCCUCUUGUCGUCAGACAUCUGAUCUCAUUUGCAAUGGAAGCAUAUGCUUCCCGACACGGCGGCCAACCUGCUCCCAAUGUAGGGCCAGGAGUGGGCUACGCACUGGCCAUCUUUUUUAUGCAACUGAUACGAGCCCUGUGUAUGAGUCAGUCGUUCUACAAGGGAGCACUGCUCGGUGGUCAAGUCAAGGCGGCACUUAUCUCACAUAUUUUCUCCAAGACGAUGAAGCUAUCAGAGCGAGCAAGAGCAGAUGGGCGGUUUUCCGGAGGGCAAAAGGAAGAGCCAAAGCAGGGAAAGAAACGGGGACAGAGAUCCAAAGUCGAAGACGAAGCUGCUGGCUGGAAUAACGGUCGCAUCACGAUGUUGAUGGGAGUUGAUGCGGACCGAAUUGAUAGAGCCUGCGGCACGAUUCAUAUGCUCUGGGCUACACCCAUAGCCUUAGUCAUUGGUCUUGUGGUCUUGAUAAUGACUAUUGGGUACAGUGCACUUUCUGGGUACGCAUUCAUGCUCAUUGCAGUAGCUGUACUGGCGUACGUUGUGCGCUGUCUUAUAAAUCUUCGGAUUGCAGUCAACAAGAUCACUGACAGGCGAGUGUCCUUGACCCAAGAGAUAGUGCAUAACGUAAGAUUCGUCAAAAUUUUUGGGUGGGAGAAUUUCUUCAUAGAAAGACUCCAGAAAAUCCGACAAACGGAAAUGCACUCUCUUCAUAAACUCCUGGCCGUCCGGCAUGUUGUCAUUGCUAGUUUCAUAUGCAUGUCUACUUUGGCAGCGAUGCUGUCUUUCACCACUUACGCUUUUUCAGGCCACGGCGUCUCUCCAGAUAGCAUAUUCGCUUCCCUUACAGCUUUUAAUGCACUCCGAGCGCCGCUGAGCAUGAUGAAUUUGGCGAUUAACACCACGACCGAUGCGUGGACGGCUUUGAAUAGGCUUCAGGACUUUUUCAAAGCAGAGGAGAAAGAGGAUUACGUCGAGUGGGACAUGGACAUGCAAAACGCCGUACAGAUGAACCAUGCAUCUUUCACCUGGGAGCAAAUACCAUCAUCGAGUUCUGGGCAACAGGGCUCUAGCCAAAAGUCUGGUCGGACGUCCGGAAAGGGGUGGAGUGCUCACAAUGCCGAGAAGGACGAAGAACAACCCCCCUUCCAGAUCACCGACAUUGAUCUGGAAAUCGGUCGUGAUGAGUUGAUUGCCGUGAUUGGCACGGUUGGAAGCGGCAAGAGCUCAUUGCUAGAAGCAUUAGCGGGCGAGAUGCGAUUAACUUCUGGUAGAGUCCAUAUGGGUAUGACUCGGGCGUUCUGCCCACAAUACGCCUGGAUUCAGAAUACCUCCGUCCGGGAUAAUAUUUUGUUUGGCCAUGGAUUUGACGAAAAAAGGUAUAAUCAAGUCAUCGAUGCGUGUGCUCUCCAGUCAGACCUGGCCAUAUUCCCAGAUGGUGAUCAGACAGAAAUUGGUGAGCGUGGAAUCACUAUAUCUGGGGGGCAAAAGCAGCGCCUGAAUAUUGCCCGAGCCAUCUAUUCAAAUUCAGGGAUUGUUCUUAUGGAUGACCCUCUGUCUGCAGUUGAUGCUCAUGUGGGACGACAGAUUAUGGACAAGGCAAUUUGCGGACUCCUGAAAGGCCGAUGCCGGGUGUUGGCGACUCACCAGCUUCAUGUGCUUGGCCGUUGUGACCGAAUUAUUGUCAUGGAUCACGGACGUAUACAUGCAGUCGACACUUUCGAGAAACUCAUGCGAACGAGCGCUGUCUUUCAGGCCCUGAUGUCGAACAUAUCUCAGCAAGAGACGUCGGAUACGGAGACCCCCAAUCAGCGCGACGAUAUACAAUUAAAAGAGGAGAACAUGAGCAACAGGCCGACAGGUGCUGCCCUGAUGCAAUCGGAAGAGCGAGCAAUAAAUCCAAUAGGAUGGGAUGUCUGGAAAGCAUACAUUUUAGCGACUGGAUCUUUCCUUAACCCCAUUCUCUAUUUAUUUCUGACACUACUUGUCAACGGUACACUACUUAUGAAUGGCUUGUGGUUGUCGUUCUGGACGUCCGACAAAUAUCCUAGUCUGGGGACGGGGGGAUAUUUGGGCAUAUAUGCUGUCCUCUGCUGUUUCCAGUUUGCUGUCGUUUAUCUGUAUUCGUUUCAAAUUACGUAUUCUUCUUCCAAUGCCGGUAAAACGAUGCUUCAUCAGGCUUUGCAUCGUGUUUUGCGAGCGCCGAUGUCUUUCUUCGACACCACGCCUCUAGGCCGCAUCACUAAUCGCUUCUCGAAGGACGUCCAAGUGUUGGACAGCGAUCUUGGAGACGCGCUACGAAUGUUUACAAUGAUGUCCUCCAUGGCCAUCUCUAUUCUCGCGCUGUUUGCCAUAGCAAUACCGCCAGUAUUUGCCAUGUUGUUCAUGGUCGCAGGCUAUUAUAGGGGGUCUGCUCGAAGCCUAAAACGGCAUGAAGCGGUCCUUCGCUCGGGUGUCUUUGCACGAUUUGGAGAAGCCAUCACAGGCACCACAUGUAUUCGAGCAUACAACAGAGAAGAUCACUUCCGGCAUACCAUUCACAAUGCCAUCGACUCCAUGAACGGCGCACACUUCCUGACUUAUGCCAACCAAGGAUGGCUUGUAGUCCACGUGGAAAUGGUCGGCUCCCUGUUGGUUUUAGCGUGUGGCAUCCUCGUGGUGACCAAUAGAUUUGGCGUUAGUCCCAGUACAGCAGGCAUGAUACUGUCUCUCAUGGUGGGUGUAACGCAGAAUUUCCAAUUCUGCGUUCGAGAGUUCGCCAACAUGGAGAACUGCAUGAAUUCGGUCGAGCGGAUGCACCAUUAUGCUAGCAGCCUCGACCAAGAAGCACCUCUGAAUUUAGAUCAAGUCCCACCCAACUGGCCUGAGAAAGGCCGUAUUGUCUUCGACGACGUACAAAUGCGGUAUCGAGAUGGCAUGCCGUUGGUACUUAAGGGACUCACGAUGGAGGUGCAAUGUGGCGAACGCAUCGGGAUCGUGGGAAGAACCGGUGCAGGGAAAUCAAGUAUCAUGACAGCUUUGUUCCGGAUGACCGAGCUCUCAGGAGGUAGCAUCAAAAUCGACGAUAUUGACAUCUGUAGAAUCGGUCUGCAUGACCUUCGCGGUCGCCUCACCAUCAUCCCGCAGGAUCCUGCCCUCUUCCAGGGCACGAUCCGCUCAAACUUGGACCCCUUCGGUGAACACACAGAUAUGGAGCUAUGGUCUGCCCUGAGAAAAGCCCAUCUAGUGGGUCAGAAAUUGCCCAGCGAUACCUCCUCUGGCUCCAAUAGUGAUAGUAAUAGCAAUGAGAAAGCAGCUAGUGCACCGCAACGCCUACACCUUGACACCGCGGUCGACCAGGACGGGCUAAAUUUCUCUCAGGGCCAACGACAGCUUUUGGCUCUCGCACGAGCUCUGGUGCGCGAUUCCCGCAUCAUUGUAUGUGACGAGGCGACUUCAUCGGUUGAUUUCGAGACAGACGAACGCGUCCAGGAGACUAUGGCCCGUGGGUUCCAGGGCAAGACUCUCCUGUGUAUUGCUCAUCGGCUACGGACGAUCAUCCAUUACGAUCGCAUUUGCGUGAUGGAUAGGGGUGAAAUCGCCGAGAUGGAUACUCCGCUCAGGCUGUGGGAGCGUCCCAACAGUAUCUUCCGGGGGAUGUGUGACCAAAGUGGUAUUACCAAGGAUGAUUUGGUUAGAUAG